AAAAGGACGAUAGCAACGAUAAACUGAUUAAAAUUUUGUGUAUUAAUAGAUUCCAAUUUCAUUAAAACUGAGAAUAUUGUUCUAGUGAAGUGCUAUAGUGGUGUUACUACUGCAAUUGCAUACCAUAAUGCCAGAGGAAGUACCUAUGCUGCCUCGUCAACAACCAUACCAACCACCAAUGCAGCAAGGUCAACCAACAGUCGUUGAUGUCCCAACAAUAUCUGCCGCACCGGCGCCUAUGGAAGUCAAGGUUGCCCAUAGAUGGCGCAAUAUGCCACAAACAACAGCAACUGUAGUAGGCAGCAUUAUUUUCAUAUCCGGCGGUUUGAACAUGGCGCAGGGUGUUGGUUGGAAUUUAGACUUCAUGAUGGGUGACCAAUUUAACAUUUCAUGGUUUAUUGCUGUAAUUGCAGCAACUUUGGUAUCUUUGCCCCUGCUCAGGAUUACCACUAUGAAAAUGAUUAUGGGUUUUGCCUCAUUGCUCAUCCUAAUCGGAGGCAUUCUAUUCAUAAGUGGUCCCGAGGAGUAUAACACCGUGUUGACGGGACGUUACCUUAAUGGCAUUGCCAUAGGACUGAUCAUAGUUCCCUUCAUCAAAAAUGCCAGUGAAAUAGCUGACGUGGCGCAUCGUGGCACAUGCCUUGGCAUGGAACAAUUCUCAAUGAGUUUGGGCAUAGCCAUACAAAUGAAUUAUCCUUUCAUUGGGAUUACCUCAUAUGACUUUCCUGCAAAUCGUUUACAUGGCAUAUUGGACUUGAUCUGUGCCUUUCUGGCCGCCGCCUUGCUGGUUACCAUUGUAGAGUCACCCAUCGAGCAAAUACGCAAAGACAAUAAUAGUGCUGCCUUGAAAACUAUAGCCAGCUUGCGUAGCCCUCCCCUUUGUCCAAAUGAGUUCGAAACCCUUUUGGAGCAGCACAAAACCUAUGUAAAGGAAGAGGAGCAACUAACGCUACUGGCGAGUUUUAGGCGAGCCACAACACCUCUCCUAAAAUUACUUUUGGUGCGCAGUAUGUUGGUGGUCUUUUGUUGUUCCAUAACUCUUAAUAUGGGAAUGAUGCAUAACUCCUUCAGGAUGGACUACACCUGGGCCCCCCUUGGAAUGGUAAUUUGUCGAGUUCUAGGAGGGGUCAUUGCCAUUUGUAUGGUAGAUAAUGUAAAUCGCAAAUUUGCCUCCAUACUGCCAGUGGCUGUCAUAGGCUGUUUGCUCAUUGUAUUGGGCUAUAACAGCCCAAGAGGCAAACAUGAGCCAUACAACAAGGAUAUGGAGGAUUAUGUGGACGAGACUAUGUAUGACAAUACGAACGAUGAAAGGUGGCUUCCUUAUUAUCUGUACAUGUGUCUACAACUAUUUACUGGCUUCUUUGUACCCUAUACUUCAGUGUACUUGGGCGAAGCUUUCCCUUUGCGCAUCAAGCCCAUUCUAAUAGCUUUGAUAGUCACUAUGGAACAGCUCCUGCAUAUUAUUUUUAUUGAAACUCUUGAUGUGAUAAUAGGCAACACUCUUAUCAUCCAAGGCAUUAUAAGUGUGGUGGUGUUCUUUCUCUGUGUUGCCAUGAUUCCGGAGACCCGCAACACAACUUUGUCUGAAGCCCAAAAACGUUUCAGGACCUUAAUCACCUUUAGAUAAUGGGGAGAGAGGAAAUAUGGAUUACAAGGAAA